AUCGGGCCACAUAAAUGAAAGGGGAAACUCUACUCUGCAUAUGAAAAUAGCUAAAAUUCAUCACUGCAAGUCACUCUUUUACAACACUAAUUGAAUACAAAAGACCGCUGCAUUCACAAAAGUUACUGGGGAAAGGACCGUCACCUGGAGAUACGGCGGCCGUGUUACGGACCUGCGCUGAGAGGAUGGAUCGGUUCUGGAUGGUGUUAUUUUUCCAUUUGGCUUGCAGUCUCGCAUUCAGUCACGUUUUUCUUGUAAAUGACGGGGCUGCAAAUGUUGAAUCUACUGGCGCAUCGUCUCUACUUCGUUCUCUUGGUUUACCUCAGCACACAGAAUAUGAGAUUGUAUCUCCGUACGAGGUCAACCACCAAGGAGCGUACAUCUCCCACGAGAUUGCCCACCAUCAGCGCAGACGACGACGAUCCUCUUCUCCAGAUGCAUCCACUUCAAACGCGAAAGGCAGCAUUGAAAAAACUCACUUCCGGGUGAGCGGCUUGGGGCAGGACUUCCACAUGGAGCUACGGGAGACUUCAGAGACCCUGAUUGCACCUGGCUUCACCAUCCAGGUCCUGGGAAACAACGGCACCAAGAGCCUAAGGGCUUUCCACCAGGACCACCUCUGCUUUUACCAGGGGUCACUGAGGCUAAAGGUCAACUCGUCAGUGGCGCUGUCCACAUGCAUGGGGAUGUCAGGUUUGAUUCGCACUCAAGAUGCAGACUACUUCUUGAGGCCGGUGCCCCACCACUUGGCUCUGAAAGAGAACUUCUCAGCACCAUCUCAUCACCAGCCACACAUCCUCUACAAAAGUGCCAGGGAGAGAGGACAUCACCCUCGGGUGUUUCAGAAGAAAUCACCAGAUUCAGCUCCUAACAAAUCAAACAGGAGUUCUCCCACGAGAAAGGAAACCAAAUUAAAGACUGAUGAAGAGGACCAAGGAUGGCAGCAAAGUGAUCAUCCCAGCAACAGUAACAGACAUGUUGACCAGCAGGAGCAUCACAGCAGAGGAAAUUACGACAGCAACCGUCAGCAAGACGAUGACAACACGUACGAAGAGAAGCAGAGGCAACACUUCUGUGGAAGACGGAAGAAAUACAUGCCGAAACCUCCAAGAGAGCAUCUCUCCCAGCUUCCAGAUGAGUACAAGUUCUUCCCCAGGAACAAGAGGGCGAUUAUUUUGAAGGACCAAAAUAAUCCAAAUCUAAAUGUUGAGACACUGGUUGUAGUGGACAGAAAGAUGAUGGACAACCAUGGCCAUGAGAACAUUACUACAUAUGUUCUCACUGUGCUCAAUAUGGUGUCAAGCCUUUUCAAAGAUGGGACCAUAGGAGGGAGCAUCAAUAUCGUUAUAGUGGGACUUGUGCUUCUUGAUGAAGAGCAGGAUGGAUUGGUGAUCAGUCACCAUGCAGACCACACACUGAACAGUUUUUGCCAGUGGCAGUCCACUCUUGGAGGCCAGGAGGGUCAGCGCCAUGACCACGCCAUUCUACUCACUGGACUUGACAUCUGCUCAUGGAAGAAUGAACCCUGUGACACUCUGGGUUUUGCCCCUAUAAGUGGGAUGUGCAGCAAGUACCGGAGCUGCACCAUUAAUGAGGACACAGGUCUAGGAUUGGCAUUCACCAUUGCCCAUGAAUCUGGACAUAAUUUUGGAAUGGUCCAUGAUGGUGAAGGAAACAUUUGUAAGAAGUCAGAAGGCAACAUCAUGUCUCCCACAUUAGCGGGGCACAAUGGUAUCUUCUCAUGGUCUGCAUGCAGCCGCCAGUACCUCAGCCGCUUUCUCAACUCGGCCCAGGCUAUGUGCCUAUCAGAUGAACCCAGCGGAGUCAAGGAGUAUCGUUAUCCUGAGAAGCUGCCAGGCGAGCUGUAUGAUGCAGACACACAGUGCAAAUGGCAGUUUGGUGAAAAGGCCAAGCUCUGCACCCUUGAUUUUAAAAAGGAUAUCUGCAAGGCUCUUUGGUGCCACCGCAUCGGGAGGAAGUGUGAGACCAAGUUCAUGCCCGCAGCUGAAGGCUCUUCCUGUGGACUUGAUAUGUGGUGUCGAAGGGGUCAGUGUGUGAAACACGGUGAUGAGGGUCCGAGGCCCACGCACGGCCAGUGGUCAGAGUGGUCGGCUUGGUCUGUCUGCUCGCGAACUUGCCAAAGUGGUGUGACCUAUCGGGAUCGGCACUGCAAUAAACCCAGACCGGCUUAUGGAGGAAAGUUCUGCGAAGGCGCCUCUCGGUCAUAUAAGCUGUGCAACACUCACGAUUGCCCCCAAAAUGCUGUUGAUUACAGAGCACAGCAAUGUGCUGAGUUCAACAGCAAACAGUUCAGAGGAUGGCACUACACCUGGAGACCAUACACUAGAGUGGACGAUCAAGAUGUAUGCAAGCUUUACUGCUUUGCUGAAGGUUAUGACUUCUUCUUUGCCCUGGCCAGCAAAGUCAAAGAUGGUACACUUUGCUCACAAGACAGCUCUAACGUCUGCAUCGAUGGCCUGUGUGAGAGAGUGGGCUGUGACCGUGUGUUGGGGUCCUCAGCUGCACUUGAUGUUUGUGGAGUGUGUAAAGGAGACAACUCCACCUGUAAGACCUACAAAGGACAGUACACAAAGCAGCAUCAUACUAACCAGUACUAUGGUGUGGUCACCCUUCCAGCAGGGGCUCGCUCUAUUCGUGUUGUAGAAUUGAAUACAUCAAGCUCCUACUUGGCAAUGAGGGACACCCAGAGGCGUUACUACCUGAAUGGACAUUGGACGGUGGACUGGCCAGGCAGACAUCCCAUCGCGGGAGCCAUUUUCGAAUAUAAAAGACCUUACAAUAGACCAGAGAGCCUCAUCUCAGCUGGACCCAUUAAUGAGACUCUGGUUAUUGAGAUAUUGUUGCAAGGCUUGAACCCAGGUGUACAUUGGGAAUACACUCUGAUGAAAACUGAUGAAGCAAGGAAUCAAAUCAAACACAAUUACACAUGGGCCAUCAUACGCUCCAAGUGCUCGGCAUCAUGUGCUGGAGGCCAAAUGAACACCAAGCCAGCAUGUUACAAAGACAUGCGAGUGCAAGUGAAUACAUCAUACUGUAAUCCUAGAUCGAGGCCAACUACUGGAAUGAUGCCUUGCAACACCCAACCAUGCCCUGCCAGCUGGUCUGUGGGUGUAUGGGGAACAUGCAGUCAUAGCUGUGAAGGAGGGGAGCAGACACGGCAGGUCCGGUGUGUCCGAAGAAGUCAAACCAAAGAUGACAUCCUUGCUGACUCCCACUGUUCUCAACUGACCCCAGCCAGGAGGCAGGCCUGCAACACCCACAGUUGUCCACCGGCUUGGACGACGAGCCCGUGGUCACAGUGUUCUCACAAAUGCGGUAAUGGGUUGAGGAAGAGGACAGUGUUGUGUACAAGACUCAACACAGGUAGACAGUCACAAACGCUGCAAGAUAGUUUGUGCGUUGGCUUGACGAAACCUGCUGGUCAAGAAUCCUGCUUCAUCAAACGCUGCCAGAAACAACGCAAAGUCCAGUGGUUUGUCUCAACGUGGCAAGAGUGUUCAGUAACAUGUGACCACGGGUAUCAAGCACGUUUCAUCAAGUGUGCUGAAAAGGAUGCAGCCGGCACAUACAGAGAACUUGCAGCCAAAAAGUGCCACCACAUCCCAAGGCCCAAAGUGGCUCUCCACCGGCGCUGCAUCUUAGCAGAGUGUCCAGUGCGUCCAACCCCGUCACUACAGUGGUGGAACGCACAUACUCAUCCACCUUUACCUCUCCCAAGACCCGAAUGGCAUGCAUCACCUUGGUCUGAGUGUACAGUGACAUGUGGAGGUGGAGUACAGGCUAGGAUCGUCCAAUGCCUGUCCCAGAGGAAACCCUCUUCUGGUUGUGCCCUCCAUCUGAAACCACCAAUGGCUCAGGCCUGUAACACCAACUUCUGCGUUGACCAAAAGGGUAUGGAAUCUUCUCUAUGACCACAAUGUAUAUACUUACUUAUAAAUAAUAACAAUUGCAUGAUGGAUUGCACAUUUAAUAAUAUUCAGUUUGGAUUAGAGUGUCAGAGAGAUAUUAAUCUCACAAUAUGGAGUAUCAUUUUAAAAGUUUAGACCUAUGCUCUCUGCAACACACUAAAGCAUUGUGGAGCAUUUCGACACCCUCAUACAAGUAAACAAUGUUAACAAAUCACUGCAAACACCUCCCUUUAUGUGCACUACUGUAACUUUUAACCACAGACAUAGCACACUCUUAAAAUAAUUUGCUUUUUUAUUGGUUGUAUUGGGUGAACCCAAUAGUGUUUAGGCAUUUCAGCGACAGAAUUUCCCAUUUUUUCUUGACAGAUUUGGCAUGUCGGGAUUACUUCCACUGGUGUUAUCUGGUGCCACAGCACGGCAUGUGCAACCACAAGUUUUAUGGCAAGCAGUGCUGUCAUUCCUGUUCAAAUUCAAACCUGUAAUCACGGAAGAGUGACUUUGUUUGUGAUGCAGACGGGAAGGUCGUUAAGAUCAUCAAAAGACCAUUCUUGAUGUCCAUGCUUGAAAGGUUGUGCUGAUGUGUGCUCGUGCAAAGCACUAAAACUCUAAAGACAAUUCAAUGGACGUUUUGGCGAGCUGCACCCACUGAGUCUUUUCCUUGCGAUCCUGGACAUCUGAAAACAAAAAUGUCUUGCUGAGAGUGCUAUACAGGAAUGUGAUCAGAACGGUGCUAAAAGAACUGAGGUCUUUGGAGAAAUCCCAGAAAAUGUUCUUGUCAUGUCUCUCAUCUGGAGAAGGCACGUUCAACCAUUUGAUGCAUUCUUGUUGGCACUACAAGGCCUCCUGAAUAACAGCUAAUGGAAAGGGACAUAGCAAAAUCAUUUUACUUGAAGAAAAAGUCCAAAGUGAACUUGGAUUAGCUGGAUAAAAAUAUGAUUUUCCAUAUUCAUGAGGUGAAAAAAAAAGGUACUAGUGAUACUAGCUGUAUACUCAGCGGUGCUACAGUGUUGUUUGUCACCACUGCAAAGUUUCCUGAAUGAACAAAAAUAACUGUUGACCCAUGUACAGUAUGUUUGUUAUUUAUUGGCUUUAUGAUACACCGUUGCAGGAGAACUGCAUUGGGAAGCAGUAUAACUCACCUUUUUAUUAAUCUACCCUUAGUCCUUGAAUAUUUUGUAUCCUGUUUCAUAAGAACCUGGCUGAAAAAUUGCUCCAUUUAUAAUAGGGAUGCACACUUUUUUUAUACCAAUGAAGCAAUGAAUUCCUAUUUCUCAAGACGGAUAACCAAUAACCUUUUAACAUUUUGAGUUAAGUAUAGUUUGUACAAACAUGGCUGAAUCAAAUACUCAAAGAUGUGUCCUCUCCAAAUAUGACAACACCAUUACAACAAAAAUCCAAAAUCAAAAGCUGAUUAUUUUUCCCGGAUUGCACAUUUAUUAUAUUUUUGAAACCAGAUGCUUUGUAUUUAAUGGCUUCUCACAUAUAGUUCAAUAGUUCAAUGCAUGCCAAAAAGAUACAGUAAAUGCAUGUAACAUGGCGUAUACAUACAAACAAGUACACAAAGAAAACGACCUACAACUGAACAUGCAGAUGAGUGAAAAGCAUUGAUCACCUCAUAGAUCCACAGGCCACAAACUACGGCCCGUGGGCCGGAUAUAGCCAACCUUCACAUUUUGCCCGGCCCCCUGCACAAUACGAGACAUGCAUCAUCAUUUUUUUUCGGUCUGGCCACAUGAUUGAGACUUAUACAUGCAUAGAAUGUAACAUUCUAUUCCACUUUUCUGCAGUCUGAACCCCGUCCCUUAAAAACAAAAUAAAAAAAUCCUGGACACACCCAAGAUUAUGUAAGAGAAAAAUUGAUUGGUUAUUAUUUGGAAAUAGUGGUAUUUAUUUCAUCCAUAGUGUUUUUUUCCUCUAUUUUCUGAUGUUUUGGUCAGUAACACAAAAAAUGUUUUUUUUCCCCUUCCUUGUGGAAUACUUGCAGAACAUUAGGUGCAAAGAGCAUGUAAAAUGUCUUCCUCUAAAACAGUGAAGAAAACACACACAAUCAAUCUUGUAUUUGUUUGUUUGAUGUGUGCUCACUGUAUUGUUUACGACGGGGCAUUUUCGGUAGAAAGGAGAGCUUGAUUUACACACUAAGUCCCACACAAAAUGCUCUGUUUGUUUAUGAGAGAACUGACUGCAGAGCUCAUUUGAAUGAAUUUCUCAAUGUGAGGGAGGAAGGGGGCUAAAUAUUUGACUCCGCCCAUGUGAACUCUCAACCUUUAUGCACCUCCUUUUUUUUUUUUAAACCAUGGAGGCUUUAAUGAUUUGCCGUCUAUGACAUAAUAUUGACUGACAGAAACCCAUACACUAACCUCACCCAUGCAGUGAUUGUGCCCUCUAUUGCUACUGCACCAAAACUAUAGCCAUAAUGGACCCGAACCUGAACAAAACAGAAAAAUAAACUAGAUACAACACAAGACUGCGUUUGUAAAAAGGAAAUCAAAAAGCACUAGGGAGAAAUUUAUAUAGCGUGUUAAGUGCAGAAACAUCAAUAUUGUGUGUACCAUUUUAAAAUGCUGCUCAUGGUACUCCAGAUUCUCAUUCUUUGACAAUGUCAUCGAUGAAUUGCAGAUCGAGCAAAUGUUGAAUGAAAAUAAACAAAAAAAUAGACGUCAACAGCUCUGAUUAAGAUUAAGAUAUCCUUUAUUUGUCCCGCAAUGGGGAAAUUUACAGUCAAGAGUUCAGAAAGGAAACCACUCGGUAGGGAGAGGGGAUCACUAGCUGCAAUUGCAGAAUGCUUAUUCAUAUUCAGUCAACUGCAAAUGAAGAAGUCAAAUACGCUCAUAGCACAUACCAGAUUUACAUUAAGUACCCUGAACACACACUGAAUGACCUUCCACGGCUCGACUCAAAAUGGCCGUUUCAACCACUUCCGUCAAACAGUUAAGUUAGCUCCACUCCGACUGACUGAGUGGUGAGAAUUUUUUUUAUGUUUUAAAAGUUUAAAAACGGAGGAGCUUCGAGUCCGCAUUGGCAGAGUCAAGCAUUUUGGUCCACCUCACACUAAGCCCUGCCUCAAAUUGCACUCUGCAGGGCUAUUCAACGGUGAGCGUGCUCAGAGGGGAGUUUUUGACAGGAGUGCAUGAUUUGUUCACCCAAAUGUACCAAAUGCAAAGCACAGCUUCAAUUAGAUUUUCAUCUUCGUUCUUGUUUGCUUUUUUUUUUAUGUUAUCGGAUUACUUAAUUAUCAUACAUCCCUAAUUUAUAUUAAAAUUGAAUUAUAUUGCGAUAAAAAUAAAAACUGAGAUCACAAUGAUUAUAAACAACUAUUCAUGAUUUGACAAAUGAUCAGUAAUAGAUGGUAAGUAGGAGUUUUAAGUUACAAGUUUAAUUACAAUUUUUUACUUUUGAUCCCACAGUAAAUGACAAAAUGUGAGGACAGUGUGGGUAUUAUGUAAAUGCAUUGAUACAUGUUCACUAUUGUGUUUUAUUUUGGCUGUAGACGAACUGACAGGAAAUGGCUUGUGCAAUGUUGCAACAAUGUUUACAAUCUCAAUAAAAUAAUUAAACGUGUCA